AGGCGAGGUUCGAGGGGCCUCUGUGCGCCACGGUUGCCUGGGGCCUUCUGCGAGCUACAAAAGAAGCGGGUUUUUUUCCCCCGAGCCCAAGGAAUACCGGGUGGCGACUCCGGGGCAGGAUCAGAGGAAACAGCGCCUUCCUGGGGCCCCGCGGUGGCUCGCGCGUGUCCAGGGGCCGGGCGAGGCUACCGGGCGUCCCGGGGCUGCAGGCCUCCGGACGGGCAGCCUGGGAAGGAGAGAGGUGUGUGCGUGCAAAACUCGGAUCCCAGCAGUCCUGCGGAUGCCCUUGGCCGGGUCGAAGAGUCCUUUCCUUCCAGGGCAUGUCUGUGCGUCACUGUCAGAGCUGCUAGCCAGUCCGCACAUUCCCUGUAAUUCCUCACCCAGCCCUUCGAUCACCCGAGGUUCCUGAACCCCUUCUUGAGAACGCCCGAAAAUGGACGGUAGCCAGAGAUCAAUCUCCUUCAAGGACUUGACUGUGGACUUCACCCGUGAGGAAUGGCAAUGUCUGGGCCCUGCACAGCGUCUCCUCUACAGGGAUGUCAUGCUGGAGAACUACAUUAACCUCAUCGCGGUGGGGUUUCAUGUUAGCAAACCAGAAGUGAUCUUAAAACUGGAGCAUGGAGAAGAGCCCUGGGUAGCGGAAGACUCGUCACGACAGAACCAUGCAAAAGUUGAUGAUCCCUUAGAGAAGGACAGGAAAACACAAGACAAACGUUUGAAGCAAUUUUCAGUCGUCAAUAACAAAACGACGCCAGAAAAAGCCAAUCUGUUUGAGAAAACGGUUGCUCUCGACACAGAUAGUGUUCCUUCAGGAAAAAUGCUCCGUAAAUAUGAUCCAGGUGGAAGCAGCUUAAAACAUAAUUCAGGAGAAACCGUGGCAAAGCCAAGCAAAGCCAAUGGGAAAGCGGCUGCUGAGCAGGAUGGGAGUGGGAAGCCCGCGCUCCACACGAAGGCUGACAGAAGUCAUUCUGCGGCAAAACGGUGCAAGCGUAAUGAAGUCAGGGAUGUUAAGAGUCGGGGUGAGGGUCUCACUCAGCAGCAGAAUAUGCAGUCUGUAAGUCAGCCCUCUGAACCUCAUGAAGGUGAACAGGAGUCAGCCAGCGUCGCGGGGACCGAGGGGCAUCCUGACCGGAAGCGAAAUGAGUGUGCCGAGUGUAGGAAAACCUUCUCUAAGAAGUCUACUCUGAUUGUGCAUCUGAGGAUCCACACGGGAGAGAGGCCCUACGCCUGUAAUUACUGUAGGAAGACGUUCCGCAUAAAGGCCAGCCUCACUCGGCACCAGCGGAUCCACACCGGCGAGAGGCCUUACAAAUGCAAGGAGUGCGGCAAAGCCUUCAUUGACAAGUCUGCCCUCAUCGUGCACCAGAAGAUUCACGGAGGGGAGAAGUCCUACGAGUGUAACGAGUGUGGGAAGACCUUCUUCCGGAAGUCAGCCCUGGCUGAGCACUUCAGAUCCCACACCGGGGAGAAGCCUUACAAAUGCAAGGAGUGUGGGAAUGCCUUUGGCAAAAAGUCGUACCUCAUCGUGCACCAAAGAACUCACCGGGGCGAGAAGCCCAAUGAGUGUAAGGAGUGCGGGAAGACCUUCUUCUGUCUGUCCGCCCUGACAGCACAUCAGAGGAUCCACACAGGGGAAAAGCCCUAUGAGUGCAAGGAGUGUGAGAAGACCUUCUUCUGUCAGUCGGCCCUCAACGUGCACCUGAGGAGCCACACGGGCGAGAAGCCCUACAAGUGCCGCCAGUGCGGGAAGUAUCUGUGCACCAAGUCUGCCCUGGUUGCGCAUCAGGUCAUUCACAGGGGAAAGAAGUCCUUCGAAUGUAACGAGUGCGGGAAGCUUUUCUACCUGAAGUCGACCCUCACGAUCCAUCAGAGAACUCACACAGGAGAGAAGCACAGCGUGCUUAGUAAGUGGAGCCGACCGUCCACUGGGAAGUCCAGCUGCGGCGAGCAGAAAAGAGCGGACGUGAAGGAGAAUCCACCCGAGUGUCACGACCACAAGCGAACCGCCCACAAGAGCUCACGCCGCUUUGCACACAAGAGAACCAUAUGGGAGAGACCUUACGAGUGUGAGGAGUGUGGGCGGACCUACUGCCGGAAGUCAGCUCUCAGGCACCACCAAAAGACACACACGGGAGAGAGGCCCUACGAGUGUAAAGAGUGUGGGAAGACCUUCUGCCAGAAGGUCUCCUUCACCGAGCACCAGCGGACUCACACUGGGGAGAAACCACACAAAUGCAAAGAAUGUGGGAAGUAUUUCCGCCACAAGUCAGCAUUCACAGUGCAUAAGAGAAUCCACACAGGAGAGAAACCGUACGCCUGUAACGAAUGUGGGAAAAGCUACCGCCGGCUCUGGACUCUGACUGAACAUCAGAAAAUACACACAGGGGAGAAACCCUAUGAAUGUAACAUGUGUAAGAAAUCAUUUCGCCACAAAUCAAACUUCCUUUUGCAUCAGAAAACUCACAAGAAGUAAAUUCCCACAGGGCAACAGACCAUUCACGUCUGCUCGAAUCCUGAAUCACACAUAAAGGUGUGUGACCUUGUCAGCACGGGGACUAUUGGAAGAUUUUCUGCCGAAGUCAGCCCUGUCUCAAACGCCAGAGAGCUCGCACGGGUGACAUACAGAGUUAACGUUCAGACUUCCAGUGUUAACUGUGAAGACAUUCGGCAUUUCAAAUAUUACACCAGGUGUGCCUGCCUCCCUUUCAAAUCGCAGAACAAACACUAAUCCCCACCUGAUUACCCUCCACAGUUAAUGUGCAUAGCAUAUGUUGCUGGAUAAGGAGCCAGUGUCGAUUCCAGGUCAUUACCGGUUGUUCCUGUGAUAACUGAGUAGUGUCUGUUUAUGAGUUUACAGUAUUAACAGCUCAGACUACACAACCUGUUUGUCCCCUGUCCCUGCUGUCUAGGGACAGGCCCUAAUCCCUUCAUCUGCAAAGGUGAGUCAGAUGAACCGCCCUUCACUUCCCUGCCUGUAGUGACUCCCACACACAAGUAGGUGUUUGCUAACGCCAAGUCAUUGGAGUUUUCUAAUGAGAGGCACAAGCUAGCUUGUAAGUGCCUCCUUGAGCUUCCAGGUAAGCCAAGAAAACAGCGACUGCAGUUACCAUAGCAAAACCAAAAAUGAAUUAAGCAGAUUUGAACAGUGAGGAGGAUUUAGGGAGUGUCUGAGUCAAAACAGCAUCUGCGUUGUUUGUGUUUUAAAUACCUCUGUUCUAUUAGUGGUUUGAGUAUGUCAGUGUUUUCAAAAGUACCUUGAUUUUUUUAAAUGAACGUGUCCAUAGGGGUAUGGUUUAGAAUUCUCCUGUCGGCUUCUAAGAAAAUGUCUCCAUGGUGCCAAAUAGAAUCACAUAGUGUGGAUGUGUGCAUCAGCCAAAAUGGCUGCCAUUCUUGGUGGGUUAAUGUCAAGUCCUGGCAGCCAGCCACAGUGGAAUUUUCCACUAUCCCAGCCCUGUUCUCCGAUGUGCUGUGCUUUCCUAGGGCAAUGAAGUGAGUUUAUUUCAUUGACAAAACAAAGACGGGCCACUGGGUAUCUUGACAUGGGCCUUGCCUGUGGCUAAACUGGCAAGUCAGCCCUUGCCGUGGCCAUAGUAAAUGGUAUUGUCCAUCCGCGUCUUGGUAACGAGUCUCACUCUGACCUGUCUGCUGCCUCCGCUUGUGAUGUUGGGUUCUUGGGUGGGAAAAGCUGCCCCUUGUUUGAGACCCAUCAGAAAUCCCAGUAUGAACAAGAUGAUCUGUUUAUUCAGUUUGUAUUUUAUAUCCUUCAGUAAGGUAAAUACAUACUUGUGAAUGCACAUGUAUUCGAUAUAUACUAAUAUAUACUGAAACAGGAAUAUAUGUAUAUAUCAAUAGUAACCUUUCCUGAAAAUGUUAAUAAUUACUUAAAAGAUUCGAUUGCUGUUGCAAAUGCAGUUGUUUUAAAAUUACUGAUAGAGGCCUGACAAGGAUUAGCAAGCAGAGGUGCUUGCCGGUGAGCCUGACAACCUGAGCUCGACCCUUAGGCCCCACAUAAUGAGAGAACUGAUUUUCUUACAAGUUACCCUGACUUCCACAAGUGUGAUAUGGCAUGCACACACACACACACACCAAGUAUAAACAUACAUAUAUACAUAUACAUCAAUCAAUCAAUAAAUAAGAUUUAAAGUGUUUUUAAACUCACUGAUAGGGUUCUCAAGUAUCUUUUUUUUUUUUUUUUUUACCACAUUUAUCAAAAUGCAUUCCUUAUACUUACCUUGCUUGGUCUUAUGAAACUCACUCACAGCUCCUUGUAGAGCAUGUUGGUGAGCUGUCUCGGGGAGGUAAUUUCACUCUUUGAAGAUCUGUACCCUAGCUGUCUUAUUGUGCCUUCUGCUUGCCCCUGGGUUAUGCAACAGAUCACAAUCUUGUGAUUACCGAAUUGUUCGCCUUCAUCGCUGUGACCUAGUGUACAGAAGGGAGUGCUGUACGCUGGAAGGAACUUUUUUAUUUUCAAAGUCUGAUAAGAAAAAUGUAAGUCAUAAAGGGAAGGUCAGUGAGCCCCAAUCACAGAAAGUCACAAGACACAUCAAAGUGAAACUUGAAGGUCCAGUGAGGACUCAGCUGGUAAAGGUACUUGUUAUGCAAGCCAGCAACCCGGGACACCUGUAAAUGUGGACAGAGAGAUCCGGCUCCACAGGUUGUCUUCUGACCGUACAUGGACUGCUGUCCUGUGCACACAUUCAAUAACAGUGCAGUUUUUAAAGUUGCUUAAAAAAAAAUAACUUGAAGACACAUAAAAAAACUAAAGCAAUUAAAUGGAAGAAAAUCCAUAAAAGCAGCUGAAGGAAGCGGCAACAUGUAGGGUCUGCGAACUUCCUACAGCUGUUGCAAGAAACUGUCACACUGAUCAGAAGAGUGGAUCUCAUCUCACCGGACCCAAGACAGCCAGUCAGGCCCAGUGCUUCGAGCCUGCUCCCUUCUGACUGCUGGAGGCUGGCUGAGCUUGCUUCUCCCGUGUGACCUUCCUGCAGCUUGUGACAACGUGACUUCAGGCUUUGCAUCUGUCCUCACUGGGCAUGUCCGUCCUCACUGCAGAUGUCUGUCCUCACUGCGCGUGUCCGUCCUUACUGCAGAUGUCUGUCUACGAUUCCAUUUUAUCAGGACAGGUCUGACCAAGGUCCCACCUUACUCAAGCAUGACCUCAUGUUGACUGACAUCUGUAAAAGCCUUAUUCUGUAAGGUCACAUUGAAAGUAUUAGAGGCUGGGGGGACAAUAUUGGUACCCUAAAACUUACCCUAUGUUUACCAGAUUAAAAUAACAGUAGAUAUUU